AUGUGGCAUUUUCCAAAUUGUAUUGGUGCAAUAGAUGAGAAACAUAUUAACAUUGAAUGUCCUAUUAAUUCUGGAUCAACGUUUUUUAAUUAUAAAGGAAGCCAUUCAGUUGUAUUAUUAGCAUUAGUUGAUGCCGACUACAAAUUUAUUGCGGUUGAUGUGGGUUCAUAUGGCCGAAAUUCUGAUGGUGGAAUUUUUUCUAAGUCAACAAUUGGCAAGAGAUUAAGCAGUAACACGUUUAAUGUACCGAAACCAAUUCCUAUAACUGAAAACAUAUACCAUAUAUUAUCUCGGGCAAGACGUGUAGUCGAGAAUGCAUUCGGAAUACUAGCUGCACGAUGGAGAUGUUUUAGAAAAAACUUAGAGGUACAACCGGAAUUUGUUGACAAAAUUGUGUUAUCAUCAUGCUGUUUGCAUAAUAUGCUGUGCGGAGACAAUGCUUUUGAACCAGAAGAUACAUCAACACAAAAUACCGAAUCAGCUCUCACAAAUUUAGAUUUUUUGAGAAGAAAUUGUACUCGUGACGCGUUUAAUAUUAGAGAAAAAUUCAAAGAGUAUUUCAUUUCUGAAGUUGGUCGUGUCCCAUGGCAACUUGAUAGAGUUCGUAAAGGAAGAAACACAUAA